AUGAGUUCGAGUAUAUUCUUCACUACAUUUGGAACCAUCCGUCUCGGAGAGUUUGGAGUGGUCCAUCAACGGUCCACUGAAGGACAAACAGCAGAAAAUGAACCUUCUUCAUAUGUUGCACCUGAGAUUUUGAAUGACAAACCUUAUGAGGAAAAAACUGAAAUAUGGAGGCUGGGAUGUGUCAUCUAUGAGCUGUGCAUGCUGAAAUGUGCGUUUCCUGCAAUACUCACAGUUGAGACUGUUAAAAAGAUACUCACAUCCUCCCAUGAAGCUCUUCCUGCGACCUUCUCCGAGGAUCUUCGUCAGCUGGUAACAGACACACUUCAGACCGAUCCGGCGAAUCGCCCGUCUGUCAGCGAGAUCUUGACCAGACCGUUUAUCAUUAAUUAUCUUCGUGAAAAUAACAUGCAAACUAUUAAGACACUUUAUAGGAUGCUAGAGGAACUGAGAGCCCUGGCUGAUGAUUUGGAAAGAGUCCAUUUCAACACAACUGUAGGCAGUCUCACAGGAGGUAUCAUAGGACUGGCUGGAGGAAUCACAUCUGUAGUUGGACUUAUUCUCUCUCCGUUCACACUCGGAGCGUCUCUGAUAGUAACAGGGGUGGGAAUCGGUACGGCAGUAGCUGGAGGAGUAACAGCUGGAGCCAGCAACAUAACAAACAUGGUUAACCAGCAAACAAACCGGCAAAAGAUCAAAAUGCUCAUAAAAGAGUUCCAAGAAAAAAUCACCUCCACAGUUUGCUGCAUCGAAAACAUCCAAAUAGCCGUGGAAACUUUAGAAAGACAGUUUUCCACAAGUGAUGAGUCGUUUUCCAAUGCACAACCUGGUGCAAAUGCUGGAGCUCGACUUGGACGAGGACUGGGAGGCAUUCCGGAGAUUCUCCGUGUAAUUGAAGUCGUAAAUGUUGGGAAGGUUGCAGCUCAGGCUGCGAGAGCCGUUCGUGUGGCUGAAGCAGCUACUGGAGUUUUGUCUGCACUUUUUGUAGCUGUUGAUGUCUUCUUUGUUUUUCUCGACUCUAGAGAAAUCCACAACAUCCGCCAAGAUUACGCUUUAAGAGAGAGUCAACGAGAAUCAGAAUCCACCAGCAACCAAAGCGCUGGGUCGACGGACCAGACGUCAAAUAACAGCGACACAACAAACCUGCUGCCUUCAAACACUCAACAGGCAGAAGAGCUGAAGUCUGAGACCAUGAAAUUUGUGACAAAAAUAAAGGAGACGACAGAGGAGCUUCAGAAGAUUCUGGAUACGCUACGAGAUGCACUGCACCCAAACUCUGAGCUGCCAAACACUGACAACAAAAAUU